AUGCCAGGCCCAUGGGUAUCCGCCUCGUCGGACCCUGAGGCAUGGGCAUCACUUGCGCCGAAUGUCGGCGACUACCUCGAGUUCGUGGCGUACGACUCGGGGUUGACGAAGCAGGGAACUGUCCUGGCCAGGGUGGACGCGGUGAGCGAGCGGACUGGCAAGGGACAGUGGAUGGAGAUCACCAUCCUAGCCACCAGCGACGACCACCUCAGCUGGUGGCUUACAGAUGGAGGUGGCAAAGAUGACCACUGGCAAUUCGAGCUCCACCUCUGUAAAACCACGGAGAGGAGCUGCAAGCAACCAAAGCGAGGCCGGGGGAUGGACUUCCACUCGGACAAGGUGAGGACCAUCACCAUAGGAGACCUCGCCGACCGCAAGAUAGAUUGGGUCAAGAAGGGCAAGCACAAGAAGUACGUCGACGAGGAGGUCGCGAGAAUGUCUGGGGAUCUCCCUACGGGGAAGGAAGCUGUGGGGUCACGGGAUCAAGCCACGCUUGGUUUCGAUGAAGGCCACCGGCUCCCACCACCGGACAAGUCCGCGGAGGAUGACGCCCUACGCGGGCUGACCCAGCUGGAGGCGGACUUAGCAUCGCCCAAGAAGGCGAAGAAAAAGAAAAAGAAGAAGAAGCGAAAGAAGGCUCCAGCCGACUCCGCCCACGGGCGCGUGCUAGCUCUGCGCCUCCAGCUGGCGGAGAAAAAGAAGGAGUCCAGAGACAGGGGACCCUUUGGCUCGGGGCACAAGCUGGACUACGAUGGGGAAGUUUUUCGCGACGGCCCUCCUUCCGACAAUGGAACCAGCCUGCAACUCCGCCUGGUGGAGUACUCGGUCAAGAGGCCGGGAAGGCUGGCCGCCCGGCUGCUUCAGAGGAUGCAAGCCAUGGUGGGGAAGGAGGGAGGGCCGACCCUGAUCAAGACCGCCUACAACAAGACACCACCCGUCGCCACCAAUUGGGUUCUGACCGUCCUCGGGCCGAAGCAGUUCCCAAUGAGGCUGUUGAGAGAAAUGAAGACGCUGGCCACGGUGUUGGACCAGAUCGCAGCCGGUCGCUCACACGCGGCAGCAGACGUGGUGGCUCAGAGGUUGAAGGCGCUGGAGCUGUCCCAAUCGGACGGCUCAUGGAACAGAGCUCAAUUUCUGGAGCUUCUGGAAGCAGAAGGGCCGAGUCUGCUCGAGAGAGAGGAGGCCGUCAUGGCCUCAAAGGAGUGGGCCGGAGAGCUUCGAAUGAGGACGGAGACUGUCAAGGAGGAGAUCCCCGACUACGAUCCGCCGACCGACGAGGCUCUGGUGGAAGCCAUGCUGUCCUUGAAGUCGGCCCUCGGAACUUUCGCCAGAGUGCACGCUAACCCGGAGAGGCUGCCCCCGGGCGCCGAGCCCACUUCCUCCGGGGACCGACCAGGGCAUCAUGGUGAUGUUCUCCCCCUUCACCCGAGCUUGAUCUUGCCGGGAUUGAAAGGGGUGACCUCUGAGAACAUCCACUGGGUCAGGGCCGUGUUCAUCGUCUCGACUACCUCUACUGCGCGGCCUGGUCAAAGCCUGUGUGUGUCCCGAUGGUCCGGACCGGACGAGCUGAAGGAGGCGAUCCAGGACCCGGCCGCGUACCUCUUGCCCGUGACGGAGCUGCCGGAGCGCCACCGCGGAUCCAGGGUUCGUGCCGAUGAUGAGCAAUGGCACAAGAUUGUGAAGGCCGGUUACGACCGAGGCAUGUUCACAGCGGUGAAGGAUGAGGAUGUGCCGGUUGACCGCAAGGGGCACCUCAUCACCAACAGGGCCGGUGGAGUGGCAAAGGUCAAGCAACAAACCGGAGCCCAGGAUAGCCUCCCUUACAUAGGCCAGCUCACUGCCAUCCUGGCCGACAAGGACUCGUACAUGGUCCUUGACAGCGAGGACCUGCACUCGGCCUUCAACCUUUUUUGGAUGCCGCCGGUGUGGGCUCCCUACUUUAGCUUUGCGAAGAAGCCCGAACGUGAUGGUGAGGCCGGGGCUGACGGUAGUUCCCAUGGGCUGGACGUCGGCCGUUACGCUCAUCCAGGCGGCGAUCAGGCACAUCUCCUAUGUGAUUGCGAAGGUGACCAGCCCCUUCCCGAAGGAGAGAGCAACACGGUCCUCUACCUGGACAACUUCGAUGAGAUCCGUUACCUGAAUGCGGAGAUCGCUCUGAGGGAGGAGGGUCAACCUUCAGAGAACCAUGGUCGCUUUGUCACUGCCUGUGAGAUGCUGGGCUUGCCAAGGAACUUGGGCAAGCAACUUUCGGGAGCCUUGUCGGGAACCCUCCAAGGAGGAGAAAUCCUGGGCAAGGAGAAGAUCCUCCGCCACGCCUACGACAAGUCGGUGGAGCUCCUGGAGCUGAGCUUGGGGCUGCUGACCAUGGAACUCGCGGAUGAGUUCACUUUGCGGCACUGGUGUGGAAAAGCAGCCUUCGCUGCAGCCUUUCGGCGGCCACUCUACGCCAUCCUGCAGGAAGUCUAUUGCACCAUGGAUUGGGCCAAGACUGGGACGCAGGUUUCUUUGGAGGCCCCGGUGCUGGACGAGAUCCUCUCUUUUGCGGUACUCCUCCCCCUGGCGGAGACCGACCUGUCCUCGGAACUCUCAGAGCAGGUCAGCUGCACGGAUGCGUUUCCAACCGGCGGGGGUUCGAGUGUGGCCACCACAUUCAAGGACAAGUCCCUCCUUCUUCCACUUCCGCUUGAAGACAAGGGAGACUGCGGGAGCCGCAAUGGAGGACCUACCCGUGCUCUAGGAAGUGUGGGAAGAGACUUUGUUCGCUCCGCUGUGCCCGGGACCAUGAGGGAGACUGCAUCCGGAAAUGGUGGCAUGUUCCAUCGUUUGGGGAACGCUUUGCUGAGUCUGGUUUCCGCUUGUCAAAGGCGAUGGGCCUCAAGGGCAUUGCCACCCAACCGCCGCUGGGCACCAGCAUCAGGAGCGACCCGGGACUUCAAAACGGAGCCGGGGAAGGACAGGCUCGACAACUACGAAGCUCAGGCUGAUCUUCUCUGGUCCCACUGGUCUCCUGAGAGGCUCUCCUUCUCAGCCCAGCGAGAAGAGGCUUCUGGGAUGAUAGAGGGGAAUGGAACCAUGGCGAGAGGAAGCUUCGAGAAGCGCCACGAGCUGGUCACCCUGAGGCAAGCCAAUGCGAUGGCUAAGAAUCCCGGGGAAGGAGAAUGGUACUGGUCUAUUUUUUCCUUGUGCUGCCAUGGGGGCAGCAGGGAGGAAUGGCUCACGGUGGUUCACAACUCUGCUUCGCUGCAUGCGGUCCUCCACAAGCCAACCUGCGAGGGCCACCGUCAUGAGGUGAUCUCUGAAGCCUAUGUGGACCCCGAAAAUCAAGACCCUUAUCCCUGGGCAUUUUGCCUCGUGUUUGCGGAGGGGGUCCAUGAUGAGCUGAGCAAUUGCUACUGCGAGCCCUUUGGAGGCAGGACGGUCACACUCGAGACCCUUAUGCCGCACCAACUUAGAGGAGCGACCCGGGGACUUCAAGACGGAGCCGCGGUGGACUGGGCCGUUUCGCAGAUGAUCCUGAUCCAGUUCCUCGAGACCAUGGACGCUGGAGCGGAGGAACAGCACCUCAGGGACCCAUCGCAGCACGGGAAAAGAUUCUUCAACAUCGUCGACCCCCUCGUCACUUUUUAUGUGCUGGGAAAAGGUCUGAUCCCAAUGACGCUCUGGACAAUCAGCAAAUGGAACUACUCUGAUGGUGCGUCGCGCAAAUACGAGCUUCCGGCAACAAUGGGGGACCUCGACGAGGAACUUUCUGAAUACAUAAAUCAUCUUUGGCAGGAGGGGGACAAUGUCUCUCUGGCCGGCUGGACCGUCAGUGGGCUGAAAAGAUUUUUUCCGCGAUGCCGGCCUUUCCUGCAAACGUCACAGCUCUACUUGCGAAAUUGGCACAGGGUUCAUAUGCCAGCUCGCACCAACCCUUUGCCCUGGCUGGCUACCAAGGCCAUGGCAGCAGCUGCUGCCAGAGUUGGUCGGUACGACCUAGCUCUCCUGGUCUUGCUGGGGUUUGCCUUUUUCCUCAGAACCAUGGAGCUGCUGUCGCUGCAGGUCACCCACCUUCGAAUUUUUCCUCAGGAUGGCACAAUUUUGCAGUCGCUCUCGCUUCGUGAACCACAGUUGGCGGCCAUCCUGACUUAUAUUCUUCACCGGGUACGCCCGAGUAAACAUCUUUAUUCUUUUUCACCUCUGGUUUUCCGACGGGGAUUUGCCGCUUUGGUGGCCACGGUGGGUUUCUCCCCGGACGAUUACCUGCCUUAUUCUAUGCGCGGGGAGGCGCCGCGUUCUUUUACCAACGCCACGGCCUUGGGCGCACAGUGGUACAAGGACGUUGGAAAGACCAGUCCACGUGUCGCAUCUAUGUGGACGACGCACGCGCGUCUCUUAUCCAGCUUUCUUUGCCCUCCGCACCGCCGCUCGUCAACGUUGGCUGGCUUCUUUUUGGCGAGUGGCUCUGCCAGGUGGUCCUCCUCCCUGACCUUCUUGGGUGGUUGGCGGCUGGCUUCGGUUUUUGGGGAGUUGGCGAAUGAUUUCUGGCCUCCUGUGCUGUGGCAUUAA